GUGGCAUUUAUACAUGAAUGACGCAUGAAUGUUUUUGAAAGAAUGUGAAGAUUGAAUGGAGAUUGAGAUAAGCUUUUGGAGAAACUUUGUUAUUUAAAUGUGUGGUUUGGGACUGUGUUGAUGUUGUGUUGUUGUUUGUGUUGCAGGUUGCAGCCUUUUAUCACCGGACAGCCCAACAAGAAGAUCGCUCUGGAGCAGAUCAGCAACUCCAACCCCGUGCCGGUGCCCGUGGGAAACCCCGCCGCCGGCGGAAGAGCAGUGUUGGUGGAGAGCGGGCCGGUGGUGUACGAUGAUGCUGCCGCCGCUGCUGCUGCUGCUGAGGAGGAGGAGGAGGAUGAAGAGGAGGCGUGUGUCAGCGCCUUCGAUCUGCUGGGCAGCAACGAAUACGGCAGUGAUGGAGAUUACGAUGAUUGAUGCUGGCGGAGGUCUUCCCUGGGUUUUACUCCACUGAACGUACAGACAAUUUAGGUGUAUCAAAUGUUUACUACAGGGACACAAAGUGGCUGCAUCUACAGAGAGGAGCUGUGUGGCCGGGAGGAAUGAGAAUCAGGAGUAAAUGGUACGUGUGCACAUGAAAUCAAAAGCUGGGGAAAAUCCCACUACACAGUGCAUGGAUGCUGACUAAGAUGGUAAAGUGGAAAUUGAGGGAUACAAGUAUAUUCAUUAUUCUGGGUCGCAGGCUGCCUGUUAUGGUAGUUCUGCUAAAUGAAAUGGUGGAAAUAUUCCACGUUUGUUAAGUCGCAGGACAUUCAGGGUAAAGCUUGGAUACUGGAUUCCAUGAAAUUGUUGUUUUAACAGCAUUUAAAUGGCUAUAAUUAAAUGUAGUGAAGACAUACUUGACACUGAAUUGUAGUCAUUUAAACAAUAGUUAAGUAUUGAAGACGUCUGAGACAACAUCACUAUAAACUGAAUUAAGCCUGGUAUUAAACUCGAUGUCUUUUGUCCUGCUAAAUAUCAGAACAGUGUGUGUAUGAGGCACUCAUUCAAGAUGAUUUCUGUAUCUGAACAACGGUGUGUCCUCGGGUUUAAAACUUUUCCACUUUGGUUGGUUGAGGUAAAAUGUAGCAAAAACAAAAUGUGGAAA